UCCCUUCCUGAUCCAGACACCCUGUCCCACUUAGGAGACACUUUCGCGUUCGGACAAAAUGGCGGAAUUGAGCUGAUCUGAGCGCACGUGGACGCACGUGACAUCAUGGCGCCCUCGCGCUCCCUCCUACGGGUCCUGGACGAACUCAGCGCCUCCGACCUGAGCCGUUUCGUCUUCCUGCUCGCCGAUGGCGCUGGAGACGGCGAAACGAUCCCCCGCGGUCGUCUGGAGGGCGAAACGCGCGAGGGAAUCGCGUCCCUGCUGCGCCGACACUUCGCCGGACGGGCGAUGGCGGUCACCAGGAAGAUCCUUCUCGAGGUGCCCAGGCGAGACCUGGUGGAGGGGAUGCUCGCCGUGGACGAGGACCAUGCCCGAGGAAGCACGCCCGAGAGGAAAAGGGCGAUCCCUGAAGUACAGGAUGGUGGUGGAACUGUGUGUGGGACCCCAGCUCCGAAGAAAAUCAGAGAGAUCACAAAGACAUUGACCGACAGGCAACUGAUGAAGUUGGCGACCAAGAUGGGCCACAAUUGGAAGCAAAUUGGGAUCCAAUUUCUCCAGCUACAAGACUAUGAAAUCCAGCGUUGCGAGCAGGAGCCCUGUGCUGUCAUGCGGACCUUCAGCAUGUUGAGACUCUGGAGAGAUCGGGGGAAGAAUGAGGCCACUGCUAGCCACCUCCACUCUAUCCUGGGCACCAGAGAUUGUCCAAUCAGUUCAGAAUGCAUCGACUGGCUUCUGGAAGACAAGGAGUGAUUGCUAACUGAAGACUUAGAAACAUAGACAAUAGGUGCAGGAGUAGAGGCCAUUCGGCCCUUCGAGCCUGCACCAUUCGCCAUUCAAUAUGAUCAUCCAACUCAGUAUCCCAUA